GAGCAAAGACGCGCAGAGUAGGCGAACUUUGAGUUCAUUGUGGCAACAAGAAGUCCGGAAAUGCGCGAGGAAAACCUGGGACCGGAGAAAUUUACGGAUGCUCAAUUUGAGGAGCUUCGCACUUGUCGGGUUGCUUAUCCUGAGUGUUUGGCUAGCCCUCUGGCCGCGAGCUUCAGCGCUGAUGAAAGCGUGCAACAGAGACCGUAUCCCUCUCACCAGGCACCAGCACAUGAAUCAGUCCAAAAACCAGUCCAGUCUGCCGAGGAAGAGGUGUCGCUUGUUAGAGGGUGUGAAUAUUUUCGGGGAUAUUUUGAACUCGAAGACCAACGUGUCUCUUGUGUAACUUCGCGACACGUGGAUCGGCGGCUUGCGCGUGGGUGAGUCGAGCUUGCGGCUGACACCUUCGUCCGGCAACAACCCAGAAACUGGGAAAGGCAAUUGUCGGUUGACGAGUUUGUAAAUACGACUUCUUCUGUGCGAUCUUCCUUCCAAAGCGAUUUCUGACCACGCGGUUGACCCCCUACUUUUCUUGAAUGGCUAGAGACGCCAGCUUCAUCGGUAUUUGACCGCGUCAGUCUUCUAGUUGACGUCCCAACGCGUGCCAGGAUGUCUGACAGAACAGGAACAGACGAGGCGAAGCCAAAGGGGUCUGCUGGAAAACCUGUCGGCGGGCCAAGCAAGGUCCACGCCCAAGUUCAGCAGCUCUUCGCUCGAAUGCAGCAAGAAAUUGAAGACGAGAAACCAGCGAAUGUCAUUUUCUUCAUCGUUGACUUCCUCUGCAAGCAUUACCCUGAGCAUCUAUCGGGUUUCGCGGCAAUCUGGAAUGCAGACCCCGACCUAGAGAAGGAGAGGCAGGGCGUCGUCGAAUUUUUCCGAGCGCAGAAACUUCCCACGGAAAUUGCAGCCCACUUCACGAACGCGGGUUUUGACACACUGGAGACUCUGUGCACGCUGACAUCCGAGUCUUUGGAUGAUAUUGAGAAGUUCAACCAGGUUCGCUGGCUCCCGGGACACAAAGUCAGAUUGCAACAAACAUUCGCAGACAUCGCUGGACGUGUUCGAACAUUCACUGAGGAUAAGGAGAACCUCGUCCGGGCCAUGAGAGCAUCAAUGUACUGUCAGCACUCCCAGCUGAUGAACAAACCAAAUUUUGUUCCAUCUCACCCUGUAACAGUAAUUCAGGGCUCAUCACCCUCUGCGAGUCCCCCCUGCUAUUUCGCGCCGCAAAGCUCUUCCCCUCUCACUCUCCCCGCAUCCACGACACACCGAUCAAAUCUUUACAGUCCCGUCUACCAGUAGAAGCUCCAAGAGCCGUUGGGUUUCCGGCGGCAAAAUUUAUCAUGUUUUCUAGGCAUUUUGUUUUAUUUUGGUCAGUAUGGUUUCUAUGGGAUGUAAGGAUGCGGUGUAGUUGCAGGUUUUAAUGCCCUUGGUAAGAACUACGCUGACUUACUGCCGUCAUUGCUCAUAACUGAAGAAACCACAUCAAUCGUCUUUCUCAAUCGAAACCGCGUCCACCAUUCAGAGAAGCAGCGUUCUUGAACGGCUCCACUUGGUCUUUUCCAGAUUCGCUUUCAAGUGCGUUCAGUUUUGGCGUUCACUUUGUCAUUGUCUUCUCCUUUAUCUACUCAUGGCAAAGUCGCGUGUGUUGUGUGCUGCAUCGCUUUCUUUGGGGGAUGGCGUUUGUCGGUUCUGUGCUGGGUCUCUGAACUACUUAUUCGAUCUUGGCAAGCAAGCCGCUUCUUACCGUAAUUGAGCGGCCCGUUGUGCAAUCGUUUCUUAUGCCAUGACUCGGCAGACUCGAGUUCUCUGGGUUGUAUGAAACGAACUGCCUGAUUCUGCGCCGAAUUUUCUAUGAACAUCAGUUGUCUCCG